CCACUGUACACACUCCCACCCACCUUGAAGCAUACUGCUGCAGCAGUAACACCCAGAAGGAACAUGUCGACCACCUUGCUCAUCCUACAGGAUGUGGGACAAGCGGAAAAGGGAGGAAUUAUCAACGACUUCAUGUAUGGCUCCAAUGUUGCAACUAGCCACAUUUACAUACGCAUGGGUUUUUUGCGAAAAGUGUAUGGACUUUUGUCAGUGCAGCUGCUAGUUACUACAUUGGUGGCAGCUACAUUUGCUUACACUCCAUUUCUACGUCAGUCCAUUCAUGCCAGCCCUUGGAUUCUUAUAAUGUGCCUACCUCUUGCUCUUGGGCUUCUGAUUGCUCUUCAUGUGAAAAGGCAUCAUGUCCCCAUAAACUUCAUGCUGUUGGCAGCCUUCACUGUCAUUGAAGCCAUCACUGUGGGAGUAGCAGUGAGCAUGUAUGAUGGAGAAGUGGUGGUGAAAGCAUUUGUCCUCACUUUGGUUAUCACUGGUGGUCUUACAGCAUACACAUUUCAGACGAAGAGAGACUUCACAAACAUAGGAGCUGGACUACUCAUUGGACUGAUGGUGAUGAUUGGCUUGGGCCUAAUGAAUAUAUUCUUAGGAAGCAGUGGCUUGGAAUUGGCAAUAGCAGGUGGAUCUGCUCUAAUCUUCUGUCUCUUCAUAGUAUAUGACACACAGAUGAUGAUGCAGAAGCUUUCUCCUGAAGAAUACAUUCUUGCAACAAUUAAUCUCUACUUGGAUAUUCUGAAUUUAUUCCUUGAACUCCUUCGCAUUUUUGGUGACCGAAAAGGCUAAACUUA